AUGUCGGGACGUGGAAAGGGAGGAAAAGCCAAGACCGGAGGAAAGGCCAAGUCACGCUCAUCACGUGCCGGGCUCCAGUUCCCAGUCGGACGUCUUCACCGUAUCCUUCGCAAGGGAAACUACGCUCAACGCGUCGGAGCCGGAGCACCGGUCUACUUGGCGGCGGUUCUCGAAUACCUCGCCGCUGAAGUGCUCGAGUUGGCUGGAAACGCCGCACGUGACAACAAGAAGACUCGUAUCGCACCGAGACAUCUUCAACUCGCCGUUCGCAACGACGAGGAGCUCAACAAGUUGUUGGCUGGAGUCACUAUUGCUCAGGGAGGAGUUCUCCCGAACAUUCAGGCCGUUUUGUUGCCAAAGAAGACCGCUGGAGACAAGGAAUAA